GAACCGCGUCCAAAUCCUCUAAUAUCCUGUCCGCCCUCCGCCCUCCCUUCCUCCUCUCCUCCUCCUCCUUUCCAACCUCAUUCCCUGUGAGUGCUUGCCCAAUACAGGUCACACUUGGCAGCUCCUUGCCUUUUCGUCCUUGUCCCUCGUUAAAGCUUUCAUCCUUCUUUCUUUCACUCUUUCAAACACCACUUUCAUCUGCCCAUUCUUUAUCCGAACGCGCCAUCGCAUAGUCCCCUGUUCCCUGUUUUGGUUUCAAGGACUAUAGCAUCAACUCGCAUCUUAACCCCCAUUCUAGUCUAUCGUUGUAUCAAAUUAAUUUCGCAACUUUUCCCUCCAUCUGGUCUUCAUUCGCAAUGGCCUACGGAAAGUACCUUUUACCUGUGCUGGCAGCGGGCCAUCUCGCAUUGGCUCAGACUGCUACUGGAACCUCCGACGCCUGCCAACCUACUGGUGCCCUCAAGAUCCAGAGCUCCGGCGAUGCUAGUGUACUCGCUAGCUGCAAGACCUUCAAGGGUGAUAUUGAAAUUGUGACGCAGGCUGCCGGCGACAUCAGCUUGAACGGAGUCGAACAGAUCACUGGCAGCCUCACAUCUAAGGGUGCUCAGAACGUCACUUCCUUGACUGCCCCUCAGCUUGGCUCCAUUGGAGAGGCAUUCUCCCUGAACGGCCUUACCGGACUUACUGCCCUCAACUUCGGCUCUCUCAACAGCGUUGGCAGCAUCGAAUUCGAGGCUCUGCCCCUCCUGCAAACCCUGUCCUUCACCAAGGGUGUUUCUCAGGCUGACUCUGUCUCCAUUGUCAAUACCGGUCUCACCAGCCUCGAUGGUAUCUCCUUGGAGAGCGUUGGUGACUUCAACAUCGCAGAGAACCCUGCUCUGCAGACCGUCAACGUGAACGAAUUGAAGAACUCUACUGGCAUUAUCGGUUUUGCUGGAAACCUUGACACUCUUUCCCUUGAACUUCCCAAUCUGGAGACUGCAGCCAACAUCUCUCUCCGCAACGUCAGCAGCGUCAGCGUGCCGUCUCUCCACAUCCUUAAGGGUCUUCUUGGCCUCUAUGGCGACUCUUUCCUGAACUUCAGCGCUCCCAACCUUACCUCGACUGGCGAUAUCAGCUUUGUCGGCAACUCCAAGCUCAACAACCUCAGCUUGCCUCUGCUGAAGACUGUCAACGGUGGAUUCUCCAUCGCCCGCAACGACAAGCUGGAGAACAUCUCUUUCCCGUCUCUUCAGACCAUUGGAGGUGCUCUUGACUUCAGCGGUGAAUUCAAUAUUGCCGAUCUCCCUGCCCUCAAGCAGGUCAAGGGUGCCCUCAACAUCCAGAGCACUGGCAACUUCUCAUGUGCUCCUUUCAGCAAGCUUCACAAUGACGGCGUCGUUGGUGGCCAGUUCAAGUGCCACAACGAGACUGCACACCCUAGCACCAACGAUGGAUCGUCUGGCACCUCUGGCACCAGCACCGGCACCAGCAGCAGCGCUUCCUCCACUUCCAGUCACUCUGCUGCCAUUGCCAAUAUUGUUGACGUUCCCUCUAUGGGAAUGGCUGCUCUCUUUGGUGCUCUCCUCCAGUUUGUUUUGUAAAGGACGGUCGAUAUGAAGGUUCUGCGUGUUUUCUGUUCUAUGGUCCUGUAGAUUCGCCAUAAGGUCAAUUCCUCGUCUCCCAUCUCGUUAAGUAUUCCUCGCCGCUGGCCGCUCUGAUAAUUUGUCUCUAUUGGGUGUUCCAGUGGCUUACCCAUACCAGGAGGCCAGCGUGCAAGUUUAGGGUUGUGUUAUUAUGUCGAUUCUACUCCGAUGAGUUAACAGUUUGUUCCAGCGCUAUCUGCUUUUACGGUUUCAUAGACGAUCCUUUUACUUGUUUUGUACUUUCGAUUCUACUGUGUGUGAUCACUACUCUUGUAGGAACGUAAUAAUUGAUUGCAUGUUCACACUGAU